AUGGCGAACGAUUUCGCGUUAACUGUUGGUAGCAUUGCGAGGAUUAAAACCAUCGCUGAAAGCGAUAAAACACAGGAGACAUUUAACGUGAGAGUAUUGGGCGUAUACAGGUACACUGUUGACAAGAGUUUUCCCAUUCCUAGCUCCGGUUUAACAUAUGCUUUCGACAUCCUCAUAACUGAUGGUCGUUACAAGACGAAGUGCUUGCUGUCGCCGACUUUAAAUUUUCUGGUUUAUGAGCAUAAACUGAGGGAUAGUGCCAUCAUUGCAGUUACUGAAUGUAGAUCCCUGAUUGACGAAGAAUCAUUAGAACAAGUGCCUUUGGUCAUUCUUCAAGGUAUCGAGGUUCUAAAUUCAGCACCUGCGACCACGCUCGACAGGGAUGGAGCUUCAACUGACCUUGAAUUUUGUACAAAUUCCACUGCAAACGAAAAGCAAGAGAUACCUUUGGCAGCUGCCCGUGGUUAUUAUUUGCCGCUGUGGAACGAAGAAGACUAUUUUGGCUCAAUAUGGUUGAGUAAUCCGGACCUAAGUCCUUCCAAGCCGAUAGCUAACGCAAUUACAAUUUCAGAUCUAGACGCGUUUUGGAGAACGUUACCGCGACCAUUUCCAGCACUAAUAGGCACGAUUGUUAGUAAAACAAGGUUAAAUCAUUAUGGAAAAUCAUCGGAUGAUAAAAGAAGAUAUCCUUACCAAUUUUACCUCGAGUUAGAAGAUAAAACUGCCACUGUCUCUGUUUGCAUCUGGAAUUCGUUAUGUCUCCUGUUAUACAACUACCUUCAAGUUGGGGACGUUGUGGCGAUUUUAAAUUACCGUGUUUCAAGAAGGUUUGGGUCAAGAAGUAACGCAGUUUACAAUACAAGUGAUGCAGUAAUGACUGAAAUAUCAUUAAAUCCUCUUAAUCCAGCUGCACAAGUGUAUAAAAUUUCACCUGAGGAAGUUGUCCCUGAUUGGAGAUUGCCAAGUGUUCCCUAUAGGUAGGGUAGACGUAAGCUUAAUGCAUCAGUCAAUUCCAGCUGUGCCCAGCUCCCCCCCCCCCCCCCCCGGGCCACUGCGGGACAUUUCCCUGCCCUGUCAGCCCUGGAUUUUGUGCUGCCUGCCCUGGUGGCCGGGCAUAUGCCAACCCCAGGGCUUUUCCCAAACGUACAUGGUUUCCUAUCAGAAAAGAAACUACGCAAAGGAUUUUACUGGAAAAACAAGCAUACUGGCUCAUCUGUCAAGGACAGGAAAAAAUUGAAGAGGGUUGUAGAGGCAUGUUCUUGAUUUUAUGCAUGCAUUUCUUCAUUGCUUAUAUUGAAUCAAAUUUCUGUUGAUAUAAUUUACAUGUAUUUGAAGAACACCCUUUCAUAUUUAUAGUAUAAAACUAUUGGACAUAACAUAUAGCUUUAUAGUGCUCUAUUAAUUUUAAUGUCAAUAAUUCUAUAACAGUACUAAAAUCAUAAACUGGUGUCGUCACGGCGUGAAAUCUUAAUUAGAAUCGUAGCGCUAUUACAAAGGAAGACGUUAAUUGAAACAAAAAAAAGGGCACAUGAAAAUGCUUAAAAUGGCACUAUUCGACUGUGUCUACUAUGAAUAUGACUACUGCACAGGUUGUCAAAAAAUUUGCCUGCGUGCAGACGUCUCCUAUUUCCUUUGUUGCACGCGGAAAAGGGACGUCUGCGUAACGCUGUCGCUAAUCGUGUUCCAGCGUCCCACUGGGUUCCCAAGAUCUUGGGAACAUGCUGUGUUAGGCUGACACACAGUGCGCAUUGUUCGACUUAACGCUGAUUGGUUGUUAUUGAAUCUGGUCUGAUAAUGUAUGCAGUGAUUUAUGUAAUCGGGGUUUUCCAGUCAAAACAAAUCAAAACAUGUGCCAUUCUGUUCUGCUUCGUGACCUCUAAAUGUAAGACUUGGUGCGGCAAAAACGAGAUUUACUCAGUCAAAAUUUAGACUGCUACAUGCACUGUGUAGUGCGAGAGAGAAAAGAAGAAAAACCUCUGUGCAAGCAGACUCUGAAGGUCACGUUUCGCAUUAUCACGAGCUUAUGAUGUUGUGUUUGGCCUGUCAACUCUUAUUACUAACCGGAUAUUAUUUCACAAUUUAUGCGAAAUAGAAUUCCAUGCCAGCGGGACGCUGGAACACGAUUAGCGACGGCGUUACGCAGACGUCCCUUUUCCGCGUGCAAAAAAGGAAAUAGGAGACGUCUGCACGCAGGCAAUCAAAAAAUCAGUCACUGUCAACAACAACAGACUGUCUUAUUGAGGUUUACAUUCACAUGGACCAUCAUACUCAACCUACUUAUGAAAUGACUCGUGGGUUCAAACAUGUCACAAAGAAUACCCAGUUACCAACACUUUUUCCACUCUGUUUCUCUUUAAAGCUUUCUUACUGGACCACAACUGGUGCAAGAUAUUUAACCAUUAAAAUAAAAAUUAUUCUGUUAAUCAAAACAUGGCUAAAAUUGUAUAAUAAUCUACCUUAAUCUGCAUGCCUUCUCAUUUACUGAGGCUUAAUCAUCUGUGACUACUACUGUCCAGCCAAAAAGCGUAACUCAGGUGUGGCCGAGGUUUCAUUUUAAUUCCUCCUUUAGGUUCUGUUUACACAUUUUGGGUUAUUAUUAGGCAUAUACAGGCUGAACAACUAGUAAUUAAGCAUAAAUAUACCCUAUAGUAGUACUACUUGUACAUUUGGCAACCACAACUCUUUUCAAAUAUUUGAGGAAGGUUCCAGCCCUGUCAUGUUGAUAUGAAGUUAUCUGAAAUAUUCCUAUUAUAUUUUUGUUGAUAGGUUCAUUGAUAGAAAAUCCCUUUCAAGCUAUUCCUCAGGGAUAAUCUGUGAUAUUGUGGGAACUGUCAUGUUUGUGAGCCGAGAAAUCCAGGAGCGAAAGGGAGUCAGUUCUUCUCACUGGACUUCAAAAUGGGUACACCUCAGAGAUGGUAAGAUUCUCUCACUCCAUGGGACAGGCCAUGAAAAACCCUGGGAUGGAUGUUGAAAGUGCUGUCUGAUUCCAAGCAUAAAAACUGAUAUGGGAAACUACUUUACCCUUUCUGAAGCUCUUGGAAAUUCUGAAAUAUGGAAAAAGCAAUCUGUUGUCUAACCAUCAGUGGCAAUAUGCCACGCUUAUACCACUUUCUCCCUUCUUUGUUUCUAAUGUUGCUGCCUCCCGGUCUUAAGUUGACUAAGUCAGAGAAUAUAUUUUAAAAUGUAGACAAGACUCAGGAACUGUGUCUGUAGGACCAUUGUUUGUGAACAGCUUCUUAUUUUUCUUUGCAAAGUUACUCCACGCAUCACCCAUGAAUAACAAUUCUUCAAUCUUUGUUUCUCUUUCCCUGUCUGCCCUAUACUUUCCAUUUGUUACCUGUCAUUUUUAUUCACUGAUUACAUUUGAUAACACUAUGUUCUUGCUAUGUUUAGGAUCAAGCUCCUUGCCAAUCAUUCUUCAUCUUUAUGCCUGUUCACAACCUGAGGUGUUUAACUCCAUUGCAGCUGGAAAUGUACUUGUUUGUGCUCGUAUGCUACUCAAAGUCGAGUGUCAAGAUUCAAAGCAAGCUAGAAUUUGUUUCCUCACAACAUCACGCGAGUCCCAGUUGUAUGCUCUCAAGAAGCCAUCUGAUGCAAAUAACAAGCCCUUUUCAGACUCUACAGAAAUCGCUGAUGCUAUCAAAUGGAGGCAAUCAGGUGAAGCCAAACAUCUUCUGAUGGUCUCCUGUAGUGGGGGGUACUAUAGCUUUCCUCCUUUAAAUCACUCACUUGAGUUGUACAAAAGAACGUUCCCUCAGGGAAGUGAAAUGUCACUGAUAACAACAGUUAAUCUUGGAUUUGUGAUGAAGGAACUUCACUAUCGAGAACAAUUACGCCUACACAUUCAAGGCAUUGUUGUUGCCAUGGAAUUUGUUCCCACAGCAGGAAGCGUGGGAAGUGCUCCUGAUGGAACAACGCAAAUGAGCAGUUCUCAGCUUAGUGAAACACAAAGAUCUGAUAAGCACAGUCAAGAGGCAUCCUCACAACUUUCUUCAAGCCAGUCAAGUUGUAAGUAGCAAGUUUUUUCUUUCAUUUUUGAUAUAUAGGCGAAAUGUUGCGAUCAAUUACACCGUGACUGUAUCUUGCCAUUACUGACUUUGAUUGUUUGUUAACAUAUCCUGGGGGUACCGUUACAUAACACUACAUCUGUCACCCUGUUUUAUCAACAUCGCUGCUGAGUAAAAUUGAGUCAAACAUCACUCAAGGCACUGCAGGCAUGAUAUAAUCGCUUUCUUAACCAUGAUCCCAACCCUAACCUUCUACUAAGGCCAUGCUUCAAGAAACAGUACGUUACUGCCGGAAAAACAAAAAGUAACAUGUCAGAUUGCUGUCAGACAGGAAAGUGAAUCCAACGACAGUUCUUCUCAAAUUGAUCAGAAAAACCACCAAGCGAAAAGUAAACAAAGCCGAGUACAAAGUAAGCAAAAAAUGUGUUCUUUAUGCGUGUAAAUCAGAUUCAAAUUCCAAAAAGAUGCCUUCUCUAAUCAACAGGGAAUUCUCGAAUUCAUGCUUAUACGACUUCCUCAGUUUAAAAUUCAGGAAAGUGUCCCAAGUCUACUCUUAGAUACACUUUACCCGGAUCAAACUGUUUUCCUCACAAAAGUUUCUGUUAGCAUAUCAUGAUGAUUUCUAAUUGUUAUUCUGAUGAAUAUUAUUUGAUUCGUAGCCCGGAGCGCAGGAAAGUUAGAAGAAUCUGCGUCUGAUAGUGAGCAAAGCUCAGCUGGUUCAAGUGGUUCGGUAAAGAGGAGAGUUAAUCCCAAACGGAAAUGUAAAAAAAGUAUUAAAUUGAAGGAAUCUUCGUGCGAUAAUGAGGGCAGCUCAGCUGGUUCAAGUGGUGCAGUAAAGUGGAGAAUUAAUCCCAAAAGGAAAUGUAAGAAAGGUAAAGUGAAUUGUCCCUAACUGUAGGAACACUCAGCUUUUCACAAAUUUUGUUUGACGGAAAAGUCGUAAGUACGGGCUCAGUUUCGAGGGCUGCUCGCCGGGAACCUCUGAUACAAUGACCCUCUCCAGCCCUCGGGAAGAGAAACAGAGUUCCGUUGAUGCAUUUGUUGCUUAAAUCUCUCUUGUUUUUAAUAGUUAAAAGUCUGGUUUUGUUGUUAGGAAUGCAACCCUUAAUUUUUAAAAGCAUCAUGAGAGGUUUUUGCUAUAAUACCUCACAAAUUAACGGAUAGCCGUCAUUACGGGAAAGCAUGUAAACUAAGAAAGCUGGUUAUAGGGUGAAGAGCCUGUAUUGAUCAGUAUAUUUUCUACGGCAACACCUAUGAUAUUUAAAGAAAACGUAACCGAUCGUGUUUUUGAUUUGGAAUCUUUCUUUUUCCAAGCCAGACUGAGAUUUUCGCAUUUUGUUAUUGACACAAUGAAUUGGUAAUAGAACUGAGUGGAGUACAAUUCAGGGGUAAUCGGGCUCGAUUACUCCCCGAAUUGUACUUCAUUCAGUCCUAUUACCAUUACAUAUUAGUCGGCUUUGAAUCGUUGUUUCUAACAUAGCGCUUUAAGGAAUUCGUAACCUUUUUGUCCAUUUGCCAUGGCGUCUGAUUAGCUAUUAAAUUUCUUGUGUUUUGUUGUAGUUAAUGAAACAAACCGUAAUGUUUGUAUCAAGAGAACAUCAAGACAUGACGGCCAAGAUUUACCAAAAAAAGUCAGCAAGAAAGAACCAACACCAAAAAACAAGAGGACCGUCCACGUAAAACCUAAAAAGAAAGUGAAAACGAGAAGAGGUGGCCAGCGUUCGUCAAGACCGGUCGAGGAAGAGCGCAGAGCAACUGACAGCGAGGAGACCACUUCCACGUCUUCGUCCAAGGCAGAUAAUUAUUUUCCUUUUAGAAUUCUAGAUGAUACAUGUCCCAAUAUGCCAGAGGACACACCAGUUGUUGGUUUGUCUAGGCCAAGUUGUCAUGAAAACAGUUUCCCGAGACUUUGUAGUCGGGGACUCUCGGAUGUCCGGGUAGUUCCGACAGCUGAUCGGCAAGGCUUCGUGAAUUCAGAGGGCUACUGGCGGCUCAUGAUCACAGGUCUGAACAGGCGUGCCAUUAUUAAUGCGAUUUUUAUGCCCCAGACUCCCGAGAAAACAGAAGAAGACUUGGAAGAGGAACCAGAAGAUGGCUUUUUCUUGUCUGCACUGGCCACAGGAUCGUUUUCAAGAUGGCACCCCGUGGAGACGAUUUUGAAUCGUGCAAACGAGGAGUUACGGGGACGAAGAACUGUUUUUGUGUUGGAUAUUUAUAAUCACGGUGAAGGCAAGGUGGAAAUCGUUAUAAACAGGGGCUAUUAA